UGCCAACGGGCUACGUGUCAGGAAAACGGAGAAGGAGGCACCGAGGCGGCCUGACUCUACCUGUCUGCAACCAAUUCAUACAUAUUUAUGCCAAGUGCGGAUUUAUAUUUUAGCAGAGGCGCUAUAACAGCGGUUUUUACUGCUGCUCACUGACAAUGCUAACCAAGUUUGAGACAAAGUCGGCCCGUGUUAAAGGCCUUAGUUUCCAUCCUAAAAGGCCAUGGGUUCUCGCUAGUUUGCACAACGGUGUGAUUCAGCUGUGGGACUACCGUAUGUGCACACUGAUCGACAAGUUCGAUGAGCAUGAUGGCCCCGUCAGAGGAAUUGACUUCCACAAACAGCAGCCUCUGUUUGUGUCUGGAGGAGAUGAUUACAAAAUUAAGGUGUGGAACUACAAACUGAGGCGCUGCCUCUUUACCCUCCUUGGACACCUGGAUUAUAUCAGAACCACCUUCUUCCAUCAUGAGUACCCUUGGAUUCUGAGUGCUUCAGAUGACCAGACCAUCCGUAUCUGGAACUGGCAGUCCAGGACCUGUGUCUGUGUUUUGACCGGUCAUAACCACUACGUGAUGUGUGCUCAGUUCCAUCCAUCCGAGGACCUGGUGGUGUCGGCCAGUCUGGACCAGACAGUGCGAGUGUGGGAUAUCUCCGGUCUGAGGAAGAAGAACCUGUCUCCUGGCGCCGUGGAGACGGAGGUGCGCGGUAUCUCUGGUGUCGACUUGUUCGGUGCCUCAGAUGCUGUCGUCAAGCAUGUCCUGGAGGGUCAUGACCGGGGGGUCAACUGGGCGGCCUUCCACCCCAGUAUGCCUCUCAUCGUGUCCGGAGCCGACGAUAGGCAAGUCAAGAUCUGGAGGAUGAACGAGUCUAAAGCGUGGGAGCUGGACACGUGCCGAGGACACUACAACAAUGUGUCCUGUGCCGUCUUCCACCCACGUCAGGAGCUCAUCCUGUCCAACUCUGAGGACAAGAGCAUCCGGGUGUGGGACAUGUCCAAGAGGACCGGAGUGCAGACCUUCCGCAGGGACCACGACCGCUUCUGGGUGCUGGGGGCCCACCCGAACCUCAACCUUUUUGCUGCUGGUCAUGACAGUGGCAUGAUUGUGUUCAAGCUGGAGCGUGAGCGUCCAGCCUAUGCUGUUUAUGGAAACAUGCUGUACUAUGUCAAGGACCGGUUCCUGCGUCAGCUGGACUUCAACAGCAGCAAAGACACUGCUGUCAUGCAGCUUCGCAGUGGGUCUAAGUUCCCAGUUUUCAGCAUGUCAUACAACCCAGCUGAGAAUGCCGUUCUGCUCUGCACUAGGGCGACAAACCUGGAGAACAGCACUUAUGAUCUGUACUCCAUUCCCAAAGAAAGUGACUCCCAGAACCCAGAUGCUCCAGAGGGGAAGAGGUCCUCUGGUCUUACAGCAGUCUGGGUCGCCAGGAACAGAUUUGCUGUCCUGGAUCGUAUGCACUCGCUGCUGAUUAAGAACCUAAAGAAUGAAAUUGUGAAGAAGGUUCAGGUUCCGAGCUGUGAGGAGAUCUUCUACGCCGGAACAGGUUCGCUGCUGCUGCGCGAUGCGGACGGCGUGACACUAUUUGACGUGCAGCAGAAGCGAUCUCUGGCCACGGUCAAGAUCGCCAAGGUCAAGUACGUGGUGUGGAGCUCCGACACCAGCCACGUGGCCCUCCUGGCCAAACACGCCAUCAUGAUCUGCAACCGUAAGCUGGAGAGUCUGUGCAACAUUCACGAGAACAUCCGAGUGAAGAGCGGAGCCUGGGAUGAGAGCGGAGUGUUCAUUUACACCACCUCCAACCACAUCAAAUACGCCCUCACCUCUGGUGAUCAUGGCAUCAUCAGGACUCUGGACCUGCCCAUCUACGUGACCCGCGUGAGAGGUAACAGCGUGUACUGCCUGGACAGAGAGUGCAGGCCUCGUGUCCUCACCAUCGACCCCACCGAGUACCGCUUCAAACUGGCCCUGGUCAACCGCAAGUACGACGAGGUGCUUCAUAUGGUGCGGAACGCCAAACUGGUGGGUCAGUCCAUCAUCGCCUACCUGCAGAAGAAGGGCUACCCAGAGGUGGCGCUGCACUUUGUCAAAGAUGAGAAGACCCGCUUCAGUCUGGCUCUGGAGUGUGGAAACAUCGAGGUGGCGUUGGAGGCAGCCAAAGCCCUGGAUGAGCGCAGCUGCUGGGAGCGUCUGGGUGAGGCGGCGCUGCUGCAGGGUCACCACCAGGUUGUGGAGAUGUGCUACCAGAGGACCAAGAACUUCGACAAGCUCACCUUCCUCUACCUCAUCACUGGAAACCUGGCCAAGCUGCGCAAGAUGAUGAAGAUUGCUGAGAUCAGGAAGGACAUGAGCGGACACUACCAGGCGGCUCUGUACCUGGGAGACGUCAGCGAGAGAGUCCGCAUCCUCAAGAACUGUGGACAGAAGUCUCUGGCUUACCUGACGGCUGCCACCCAUGGGCUGGACGAAGAGGCCGAGGCACUGAAGGAGACCUUUGACCCAGAAAAGGAGACGGUUCCAGAGGUUGAUCCCAAUGCGCAGCUGCUGCAGCCCCCUCCACCCAUAAACCCUCUGGACACCAACUGGCCUCUGCUCACUGUCUCAAAGGGCUUCUUUGAGGGAGCCAUUGCAGCAAAGGGUAAGGCAGGUCAGAUGGCUGCUGACCUGGAUAUGGAUGCUCCGGGAGGAGAAGGAUGGGGAGAGGAUGCAGAGCUCCAGCUUGAUGAAGAUGGCUUCAUGGACGCCCAGGAUGUAUUAGGGGAUGAAGGAGGACUAGGGAAAGAAGAGGGAGGAGGAUGGGAGGUAGAGGAAGACCUGGACCUUCCUCCAGAGUUGGAUCUACCGGCUAGCACAGGUGGAGGAGCAGAAGACGGUUUCUUCGUUCCACCCACCAAAGGCGUUAGUCCAACCCAGAUGUGGUGCAACAACUCCCAGCUGCCAGUGGACCAUAUCCUGGCCGGCUCCUUCGAAACGGCAAUGAGGCUGCUCCAUGACCAGGUUGGAGUCGUGAACUUCGGCCCCUACAAGUCUCUGUUCAUGCAGACUCUGUCCAGGGGCCGUACUUGUUACCUGGGCCUGCCCUCCCUGCCCUGCCUGCGCAGCCAUCCUCAGAGGAACUGGAAGGACUGCGGUGCAAAGCAGGGUCUUCCCGCUGUAGGUCUGCGUCUGGCGGACCUCAUCUCCCGUCUGCAGCAGUGCUACCAGCUGACCACGGCCGGACGCUUUGAGGAAGCUGUGGAGCGCUUCAGAGCCAUCCUGCUGUCUGUCCCUCUGCUGGUGGUUGAUAACAAGCAAGAAAUUGCAGAGGCUCAGCAACUGAUCACAAUUUGCAGAGAGUACAUAGUGGGUCUGACCAUGGAGACGGAGAGGAAGAAGUUGCCUAAAGACACGUUGGAGCAGCAGAAGAGGCUGUGUGAGAUGGCAGCCUAUUUCACCCACUGUAACCUGCAGCCGGUCCACAUGGUGCUGGUGUUGCGCACAGCCUUGAACCUUUUCUUCAAACUCCGCAACUUCAAGAUGGCUGCCGGCUUCGCCAGACGCCUGCUCGAGCUGGGACCGAAGCCCGACGUCGCUCAGCAGACCCGCAAGAUUUUGGCAGCGUGUGAGAAGACACUGACAGAUGCUCAUCAGCUGAACUACGACCCCCACAACCCCUUUGACCUGUGCGCCGCCUCCUUCGUCCCUCUGUAUCGUGGACGUCCUGUAGAGAAGUGCCCACUGUCUGGAGCCUGUUACUGCCCCACCUACAAAGGCCAGAUCUGCAGGGUCACACAGGUGACAGAGAUCGGCAAGGACGUGAUUGGUCUGCGUGUGAGUCCACUUCAGUUCCGCUGAGAGAACAAGACGAUAGGAACAGUGAUCUGUUUCAGCACAUCCACCCUUCCUCCUCUGUAGAAUGAAUACAACUAUUAAUGUGGAGAUGUAUCUAUACGUCUGCUCUCAGUGAGCCAAUGUUAUGUUCAAAGCUUUUAACCCUUUCAGCUAUAUAAUCACCACCACCCUUCAUGGCAGGAAGCAUUUCUUCUAAGUGCAUCCAUGUGAUCUCUGUUUGGAGCUGUAAACUGUCUUCUGCCUCUGACUGUAAUAAAAGGAAUCCUUCAAUAUGAACACCUGUCUGUGCAUCUGUGAAAAAUGACAAUAAAAAGCUUGUUCUCAAAAGACA